AUGAAGGAAGAUGCUGUGGUAAAAGAUCACUGGUGUCUAGAUGUCACCCGUGUGACUACCAGCUCUCAAUCUGGGUUACAUGCGAUGGCAAGAGAACUGACAGUGACUGUUUAUAUGGCAUGGGAAAGACUAGCAUAUUCUACAGUAAAUCUGUAAUAUAUUUCCCCCAGGACCUUGGAAACGGAUCGCGCAAUCCGUUGCUGUAUAGCUUUCUAUCUUUUCAGGUGAGAUCAGGGAUGUCAAUAAUUGGAGUGAAUAAGUAAUUUCCCUCCCUUCCUUUCUUUUUCCAAACUCUCUCCCUCCUCUCCUUCCUUUCAUCCUACUCUUCCCCCAUCACGUCCUUUUCAUUCCAUCCUCCUUCCUCCAUCCCUCUCUCUCUUCUUCCCUCCACCCCUUCCUUCUUCCGUCCUUCCUUUCAUCCUUUCCUCCCUCCCUCCUUCCCACCUUCCUCCCUCCUUUCCUCCAUCACUUCCUCUUCAUUCCCUCCUCCCUCUCUCCUCCCUCCCUCCUCCUUCCUUCCCUUCAUCUCUUCCUCCAUCACUCCCUCUUCUUUCCUUCCUUCUUCCCUCCCCAUUCCUUCCUUCAUUCCAUCCUUCUCUUCCUCCCACCUCCCUUCUUCCACCAUCACUCCCUCUUCUUUCCUCCCCUCCUUCCUCCUCCCUCCCUCCCCCCUCCCUCCAUGCUCCUUCCUACCUUAGUCUCUUCCUCCCUUCAUUUCAAGUCUCAUCAAUAUAUUUCACCCGCAGGGAAAUCUUGGAAUCAGCAUCCUAGCUACAAACCGGAAUGGAUCAAAGAUUGAGAGUUACCGACUUCAUCGAUCAAUUUAUCCAACUGUUUAUGGAAAGAAAAAAUGGGAAAAUGCGACUCUUCUUGCUAACGGGAGAUCAAACUCAAAUAUAACACUAAGCUAUCAAGUUUAUUGCAAAGAACACUACUAUAGUCCUUCUUGCUCGGUUGGAUGUCUUCCCGGUGUCAAUUAUAAAUGUGUCGAAAGUACUGGAAAUAAGUUAUGUCUCAAUGGUUAUGUAGGUCCAAAUUGUACAUGUAAACCCGGUCAUCAAUAUAACUGUGAUAGCACAGGAAAGAGAAUCUGUUAUCGACCAUGGUACGGAGUGAAAUGCGACGUGGAAUGCCAGGAAAAAAAUGAUAGAGUGAGUGGUUAUAAUUGCAACACCACAACUGGUGCGAAGAUCUGUCUGAAUGGUUGGUAUGGUCCAGAAUGUAACGAGACAACAAAGACGGUCAAUUCAGCAAUUCUAACAAACAACUCUCUGGAAAUCAUCUCAACAACACAAGUAAAGUAUAACACGUUAAAUGUAUUGACAACCAAAAACAGCAUCCAUUACAUCCCUUCCAUGUCCAGAAUGAUGAUGUCAUUACCUAAAUUUAUUUUCACCACAUUAAUGACGUCAUCCCCACAGACGUCAUCGCUUAUGACGUCAGCAUUUAUGGCGCCAUCAUAUAUUACAUCAACACCUGCGACGUCAGCAUCCAUGACGACAUCGCCUAUUACAUCACUCAUUACGUCAUCACCCAUGACGUCACCUCUGAUGACGUCAUCGCCUACUAUAUCACACCUGUUUCCAUCGCACGCAUUUUCAGCUAGCACGGAAGGCGGAAUGACACGACGAAACCGCACAUCAAUGAUGGUAAUGAAUUCCACGAGGCAAACAGAAUCUCCCAAAACAAUCUUGAGCAGCAGUUAUUUGGUAAAACUGAAAUCAUUUUCACCAUACAAUCGUUUCACUGAAGUAACAGAGAACAAGUUAUCUGGGACUUCAGUGGACUUCACAGCUAUAUCAGGGGGUGCAAAAGAUCACACGGAGAUAACAUCAUACAUUCGUUCCACUGAGACAACUGAGAACAAGUUAUCUGGGACUUCAGCGGAUUUCACAGCUACAUCAGAGGGUAUAAAAGAUCACACGGAGAUAAUAUCAUACAUUCGUUCCACUAGGGUAACUGAGAACAAGUUAUCUGGGACUUCAGUGGAUUUCACAGCUACAUCAGAGGAUAUAAAAGAUCGCACGGAGAUAACAUCAUACAUUCGUUUCACUGAGGCAACUGUGAACAAGUUAUCUGGGACUUCAGUAGAUUUCACAGCUACAUCAGAGGGUAUAAAAGAUCGCACGGAGAUAACAUCAUACAUUCGUUUCACUGAAAUAACAGAGAACAAGUUAUCUAGGACUUCAGUGGAUUUCACAGCUACAACAGAGGAUGUAAAAGAUCGCACGGGGAUUGAUCUAUCACCAGGAGGACGAAUAGAGACAAGUACCACGUGUUGUGACGUCACAAGCACGCCUACACCACGUGAUAUGACAUUUCGACCGGGGUCGACAGACGCAAGAAAAAGCAACGAUUUAUGGUGGCUCAUGUUGCUGCCAUUUAUUCUUGCAAUUUUGGUGAUCGUAAGAGCGAUUAGAGUUCUUAAAAAGAAAAAUAGGUACGUAUAGCGUAUGAAAAACUAGUUUCAUAUUAAUCUUGAUUAGAUUAAUAUGAAACUAGUUUUUCGUAUCUCUGAGGAUGGUUCUGCCAAAUAGCGUAUGAGUUGUCAAUAAGUUUGGAACAAGCUGUGAACAACUUGUAACAACCUUGUUGAUAUUACCAGGCUUGUUGCAAGGUUGUUCCAACAAGUCCGAUACAGUGAUGAUAUAACAAUAUUGUUACAACCUUGUGCCGUCAACCUUGUAACAUUCUUGUUAUAUCAUGCCACCAAGUUUGUGCCAUAAUGCCACCAAGUUUGUUACAAGUUGUUAACAGCUUGUUCCAAACUUUUUACAACAACUGGGAACAAGCAGUGCGAACACAACUUGUCGACAGCUUGUGAAUAGAUUUGUAAUACUUGUUUGCAAACCUGUAACAACUUGUGCGUUUUAUGUGUGAUAUAGUAAAUAUCUCGUAAUCUGGCAAACCAAGUGAAUUUAAAUGUGCUUCACUUUAGAAAACGUCGCGAAAUAUCCCCACAUUAUGAAGCGUCGAUGCAAGAGAUGAACGUCAAACCAGAAGACAAUAAAAAAGAGAUUCUACAUGAUCAACAAGACACAAGAAUCGAAAACAAUAACUACGAAUCUCCUCAGGAAGAUUUAGAGGCGAUUUGGAAAGUCAUGUCAACAUUUCACGAAUGA